GGGAAAAAGUCUGAAAGAGAAACAAGCAUGUAUGCCAAAGGGAAGGGCUCAGCCGUUCCCUCCGACAGCCAAGCACGGGAAAAGUUGGCAUUAUAUGUUUAUGAGUAUUUGCUGCACGUGGGGGCCCAAAAAUCAGCACAGACCUUCCUCUCUGAGAUCCGAUGGGAGAAAAAUAUCACGCUGGGCGAGCCACCUGGGUUCCUGCACUCUUGGUGGUGCGUAUUCUGGGAUCUGUACUGUGCAGCCCCGGACAGACGGGAAACUUGCGAACAUUCCAGCGAAGCGAAGGCGUUUCAUGACUAUAGUGCUGCAGCUGCUCCAAGCCCGGUGAUGGGCAACAUGCCACCCAACGACGGGAUGCCCGGUGGGCCUAUGCCCCCCGGAUUCUUCCAGGGGCCUCCUGGCUCUCAGCCGUCUCCGCACGCCCAGCCCCCCCCACACAACCCCAACACCCCCAUGAUGGGCCCUCAUAGCCAGCCUUUCAUGUCUCCCCGGUAUCCAGGCGGCCCCCGACCCUCCCUGCGAAUGCCAAACCAGCCACCCGUUGGGGUCCCGGGCUCCCAGCCGCUGCUGCCCAACACCAUGGACCCCUCAACACGGUCGCAGGGGCAUCCAAACAUGGGGGGUCCGAUGCAAAGGAUGAACCCGCCACGGGGCAUGGCAGGGAUGGCACCUCAGAACUAUGGCAGUGGGAUGCGGCCUCCGCCCAACUCCCUAGGAGGCCCAGGCAUGCCGGGAAUGAAUAUGGGUCCAGGAGGACGGGGGCCAUGGCCGAAUCCCAGCGCCAAUUCGAUAGCCUACUCUUCAUCAUCUCCAGGAAAUUACGUGGGCCCCCCUGGCGGAGGCGGCCCCCCUGGAACUCCCAUCAUGCCCAGUCCUGGAGACUCCACCAACUCCAGUGAGAACAUGUACACCAUGAUGAACCCCAUCGGGCCCGGCGGCAACAGGCCCAACUUCCCGAUGGGUCCCGGGCCAGACGGCCCAAUGGGAGCUAUGGGAGCCAUGGAACCUCAUCACAUGAACGGCUCGUUAGGCUCGGGAGAAAUGGAUGGGUUGCCAAAGAACUCUCCGAACAACAUGGCGGGUAUGAGCAACCCUCCGGGCACUCCACGUGAUGACAGCGAGAUGGGCGGGAGCUUCCUGAACCCCUUCCAGAGUGAAAGCGUAAGAGACCCCGCCAACCCCUCCCCCGCGUCGGGCAGGAGGGGCCUCACGGGCAGGCCCAAGCGUGGCGGCCGCGUGGCAAGAACAAGACCGUGACCGCUGGGCCGGGUCGAGGGGCACCAGGUGGGAGG